AUGUCAGUCAGCCCUACGCAUGGCCCAAGCUCUCUCUCUUCUCUCAACACGCCGUUUCCCGCUCAUCCCCGCUGCCGCCCGCCUUCCACCCAUUCACAGCCAAGAUGCCGCCAAAAUCCAAGCAGUGCGUGCUUCCACCUUUUUCGUGCAUCCAAGCUGACCCCAAUUGCUAGGCCACCUCCACCCCAGUUCAAUCCCGCCGUCGCUUUCUACAUCUUCUUUGCUACCCAUCUCUUGGCCGCUCUCUUCGCUCCCAUACAGGACUGCGAUGAGAUCUACAAUUACUUUGAACCCACCCACUACCUCAACCAUGGCCAUGGUCUGCAAACAUGGGAGUAUUCUCCUGAGUACGCCAUUCGGAGCUGGGCUUAUGCUGGUAUCCAUGCUGCCGUGACGGCUGUUGGCAGACUCUUGCCCAAUAGUACCAAGGUCACGCAGUUCUACCUGCUCCGCAUUGCCCUGGCUUUUGUCUGUACCUGCUGCGAGACUCGACUCUGCUCCACUAUUGCCAGGACGCUCAAUCAUAGGAUUGCCAUAUUCUUCCUCGUUGCCAUGGUAUUUAGCCCGGGCAUGUUUCAUGCAUCGGCGGCAUAUCUCCCAUCAAGCUUCACUAUGUAUACCAAUAUGCUCGGUCUCUCUGCCUUUAUGGACUGGCGCGGCGGCUUGCGAACUGCCCAAGGCAUCUUCUGGUUCGCUGUGGGAGGCAUCUUGGGGUGGCCUUUUGCUACCGUCAUGGUGCUUCCAUUCAUUCUAGAGGAAGUCGUGCUGGCCUCUGUAACAAACGAGACGUGGCAGACAUUUCGAAGGUUCUUAGAUGGGGCUAUGAGAUCUCUGGUCGUGCUCGUUCUCGAAGUUUGCAUCGAUUCCUUCUUUUACAAGAAGUUAGUGUGUGUUCCCUUAAACAUUGUCCUCUACAAUGUUUUUAGCGGCCCUGGUAAAGGACCGGAUAUUUACGGGACAGAGUCAUGGCACUUCUACAUCCGCAACUUGUUGCUGAAUUUCAAUGUGUGGUUCGUCCUUGCGCUCGGAGCGCUACCACUUUCCCUAGCACAACAUUUUCUACGCAGACAGUCCGCAACUAAGCAAAGCAUCCUGAGAGGACUGGUUUUCGUUUCGCCGUUCUAUCUUUGGAUGACUAUAUUUACGCUACAACCGCACAAAGAGGAGCGAUUCAUGUACCCGGCAUAUCCCUUCCUGGCUCUGAACUCAGCAAUAUCUCUUCACAUAGUUCUUGCAUAUGUCGGGUCUAUGGACCCACGAGAUCUUGUUAGCAAAAUCCCAGCGAAGCUAAAGCUUGCUGUCGUAAGUAUUUGCAUCAUGGGAGCUAUUGACCUUGGUGUCUGGCGUGCCCUCGGUAUGACCACUGCGUACUCUGCCCCUCUAAAGGUCUACGCCCCUCUGCAGGAGCCAGGGGUCGCGAGAGCAGGAGACAAUGUCUGCCUAGGAAAAGAGUGGUAUCGGUUCCCGUCGUCUUACUUUCUUCCCGGCGGAGUCAGGGCCAAGUUUGUCAAGAGUGCGUUUACGGGCUUGCUCCCAGGAGAAUUCAGCGAAGCGAGUUCUGGCUUUGGCUUCUUCCCUGGUGCAUGGCUCACGCCAUCCGGAAUGAACGACGAGAACAAGGAAGACCCGAGCAAAUAUACCGACAUUGAUCACUGCUCCUUCGUGGUAGACUCUUCGUUUUCUAGCAUGACCGCUACAGAACUGGAACCUGAUUAUUUGUCGGACACGGAGACAUGGGAGGCGUUGAGAUGCGAAAAGUUCCUGGAUCCAACUCAGACGGGCACCUUGGGUCGCCUUGUCUGGAUCCCCGAUUGGUCGUUUAUCCCGGAGCAGCAUCGUAGGAAGUGGGGUCAGUAUUGUCUGCUCCGUCGCAAGUCUAUCAAUCCCCUCGCAAGAACAUGCAUGGCAUCACGUCACUUAAACGAGUCUAACCGAAGAGAGCAAAAGAACCCCAACUUGUCCACCCAGCGUUGUGUGAAGAUAACCAAACCCCACAGUGGCCGCUCAUCAGGGAACAAUUGCUGUUAUCGUCAUUGCAAAUAUUCAUUCCAGCACGUGGACAACAUGAAACUUCGUUUGAGCGACCUCUGCGAUACUGAAAAGGCCAAGGCUGCUAGCCGCUAUAUUCAAGAGCAUACUCUGAACAAGCCAGUCUUGUACAGCAUCUUGAUUGCGGCGACUGUUGUCUGGCUCUUUGUACUGCUUCUGCGACAGAUAAAGGCAAAAAAACAACCAGCAAGAGCACGAUCUCCAGAUUUGGAGAAACCCUCGAAGGGAAAUGAGCGUAAUCCAGGAGAAUGGGUUCCUCAGGACUGGAAACGCCCUACUGCAACACCUUAUCCAGACUGGUCUGUCACGAAAACCAAACCUCUGCCUUAUCGACCGUUCCGCUAUGGACCGAAGUAUAACACGACAAUGGGGCUGCGCGCCAUGGACUGGGAUGGGUGGAUCGAACUCGACAACCACUACAUGAAAUAUCACGACCUCAAAGCUAAGCGAUUGGCCGAGCGCGGGUCCAAAUGUUACCACACUGCGCCAGAGGCUUUUGACGGGGCUGUUGAGCUGCUCGAGGAGUUAUGCGACUACCUACCUCAGCGCUAUCCGAGUUUGUUCCGGAAGACUGACGUGGGUAUGAAUAAUCUUGCGACAGGUGAAAGCCUGAACAUCGUUGAGAGGCCAUUGAAAGAAGACCCUAUGGCCAUGUCGGCACGGCAGAUUCAAGAUGAUUUGGCCAUAAUGUUCGAGAAACCCGACGGCCAGUAUUACCUGCUUGCAGGUGCUAUCCUGUUGGCAGGUUUUUGGCGCCUCCAAGACAAACUCGGCAUGCCGCUCUCUGAGAUCCAUACGUCUGGUAACGUUCCGGGAUUUAAGGAAAAGUUGGAGAAGGGCAUGAUGAACUUUUUCAAGAGAGUCAAACCCGAAAGUCCGGUACUGAGGAACAACUACUUCAUUCAGGUUGACGACGACUUAGCAUGGAGCCACAGUAUCGGAAAUGAAGAUGGCGAAGAAGGCACAUUGGGGUGGUUUUCAGCGGAGAAGGACAAGGCCAUCCAGCAUCACUGGUUUAGGAGCGAGAGGCAAAGCUUGAGGCGCUUACCCCGGUCUGGUGGUGUUGUAUUCACCAUCCGAACAUACUUCCAUCCGAUUACGGACAUCUGUCAAGAGCCAUAUGUUCCUGGUCGGUUAGCCUCCGCCAUCCGUAGUUGGGGAGAUGAUGUUUCGAGAUACAAGGGGAAGGAACGAUAUGAGAAGGUGUUGUUGGAAUAUCUUGACAAGAAACAUCAGGAACAAAUUGCAGACGGAUUGGACUUGAGCAAAGAGGAUGAAGUCAGGAAUUAUCCGUACUAA